UCUCUAGGCCUUGUAUAGAAAGUUACCUUCAGUACAAAUUAUCCCCCAAGAACCAAGGAAAAUAAAGAGGGGAGUCUCACACUGGCUGGCUUUUCCUGUGUGUUGUAUCCUUGGGCUCUGAGACAGAUUUCAAGUUCAGUUUCCAGGUUUGUCAUCCCCACUCACCCGUCCUCCACUCCUCAGCAAGUUUACAGCCGUGUAUAUUUAGUCUCAGCUUCCAGAAAAGGUUCAGUUGACUUGAGAAGGACUAGCAAUUGCUGAUUGGGAAAUUGUGUAUUCUUAAAAUGGGGGAGAGAAUAAAGGGAAACAGAAAUACAAAGGGGAGAGUAAUUAGUUGAGCCAAAGUAGAAGAAACUGUGUCUAUUAGAGAAAUGGUCCAAAGGGAAGGAAGACCAGAAACAGGAUCCCUAGUGUCCAGGAAGCCUUCUCAGGUUGACAAGUCUCCUGAACAGCAAGUUAGAUCUCCCUGUCCUGCUCCAGCAUUAAGCAGCCUGCCCCUCCUGUUCUGAUGUUAUCCUCCUACAAGUAGUCACCUUGGAGAGCAGUGGUAGUGGUUGCAACACGCUGACUUGAGGUGGAGAUGUGUAUAUGUGAAUCAUGGUUAUGCUGUCAAGGAGCCCGCCUGGAUCUGGGAAGCAGAGCGAAGGAGCAGCAUCCAGUUGGACUUCCCCGAACCACAGGCCCGAUGCAGUCCUCUGUGCCCCCAGGCUCAGGUGGCAUGGUCUCAGGAGCCAGUCCUGCAGGCCCCAGCUUCCUGGGCAGCCAGCCACAAGCAGCCAUCAUGAAGCAGAUGCUCAUUGAUCAGCGGGCCCAGUUGAUGGAGCAACAGAAGCAACAGUUCCUGCGGGAGCAAAGGCAGCAGCAGCAGCAGCAGAUUUUGGCGGAACAGUUGCAGCAAUCACAUCUACCCCGGCAGCACCUCCAGCAACAGCGGAAUCCAUACCCAGUGCAGCAGGUCAAUCAGUUUCAAGGUUCUCCCCAGGAUAUAGCAGCUGUAAGAAGCCAAGCCGCCCUCCAGAGCAUGAGAACAUCACGGCUGAUGGCACAGAAUGCGGGCAUGAUGGGAAUAGGACCCUCCCAGAACCCGGGGACAAUGGCCACUGCAGCCGCGCAGUCGGAGAUGGGACUGGCCCCUUAUAGCACCACGCCUACCAGCCAACCAGGAAUGUACAAUAUGAGCACAGGCAUGACCCAAAUGUUGCAGCACCCAAACCAAAGUGGCAUGAGCAUCACACAUAACCAAGCCCAGGGACCCAGGCAGCCUGCCUCUGGGCAGGGGGUUGGAAUGGUGAGUGGCUUUGGUCAGAGCAUGCUAGUGAACUCAGCCAUUACCCAGCAACAUCCACAGAUGAAAGGGCCAGUAGGCCAGGCCUUGCCUCGGCCCCAAGCCCCUUCAAGGCUGCAGAGCCUUAUGGGAACAGUCCAGCAAGGAGCACAAAGCUGGCAACAGAGGAGCUUGCAGGGCAUGCCUGGGAGGACUAGUGGAGAAUUGGGACCAUUCAACAAUGGCGCCAGCUACCCUCUUCAAGCUGGGCAGCCGAGACUGACCAAGCAGCACUUCCCACAGGGACUGAGCCAGUCAGUCGUGGAUACUAACACAGGCACAGUGAGGACCCUCAACCCAGCUGCCAUGGGUCGGCAGAUGAUGCCAUCGCUCCCGGGGCAGCAAGGCACCAGCCAGGUGAGGCCAAUGGUCAUGUCUGGCCUGAGCCAGGGAGUCCCGGGCAUACCAGCAUUCAGCCAGCCCCCAGCACAGCAGCAGAUACCCAGUGGCAGCUUUGCUCCAAGCAGCCAGAGCCAAGCCUAUGAGCGGAAUGCCCCUCAGGACGUGUCAUACAAUUACAGCAGCGAUGGAGCUGGGGCUUCCUUCCCUGGCCUCCCGGACGGUGCAGACCUUGUGGACUCCAUCAUCAAAGGCGGGCCAGGGGAUGAGUGGAUGCAGGAGCUUGAUGAAUUAUUUGGCAACCCCUAGUCAAGAGAGACCCCAAGAGCCACAACUUGAGUGGUUAAAGCUUAAAAAGUAAGAAAGAAACAGGAUGUUGACCCAUCCUUGUUUUUCGUUUUUUUGACCCACGUAAACUGAGCAAAACUGCAGCUGGCUGACAGUGGAAGAUCCAGGUGCCAAUCCACAGCUCCACCGAGCCUCGUUUCACCUGAUUUUCACACGGCAAUCCAGAUGAGACGCCACGCAGAUCUCUGCUGCCGGAGAGGGAGACACCCAGAGGAGCAGGUGGGAAGAUAAAGCCGGCCAGAGCCCCUCUGCUCAGAGCACCCUGUGAUCGCCCAACAGGAGCUGCUUCAGCCGAGAGGGACUGUUACCCAAGAGAGGGAUCCUCAACCCCUCCUGCCCCAGGUCGGGAGACAGCAGCUUUGGAGACACAAAAGAGACAGAGCCUCGGCCAGGGAGAGUCCCACAGAGGAGGCUGGGUGGUUGCACAGGCCAAGUGCGCAGGUUGGAAAUGCACUGAACGCUGGGUGCCAGGAGAUAUCAGGCUUCGAGACAUGCUACUGAAUUCGGAGGGCAGGCAUGAAGAACAGUGAGAUGGUCACAGGGAGGCAACAACGGAUCCUGCAGGCCUGUCUGUCUCAUGCCCCGUGGUGACCCUCAGGAAUUGCAGAGGCUCUGCUGUGACAAGGAGAGCAAGCUGAGUUUGGAGCAGGGUCCAUCCGACUGUCCUUGGGGUGGCUGCCUCUGCUGGUGCCCCUGGUGGCAGUCCCUCCAGGUUGGGCUGGAGCCCACUGGGGCCUGAUACAAGACCCAUACAUCCAGUGGGUCACUUCUCCUUCUGGUGGCCGCAGGGUAGAGAAACCCCUGCUGGACCCCUGUGUGUCUGCCAGCCUGGAGCCUUUGUCUGCAGCCCUGCCUUUAUUCCUCCUUGCCUCCACACCAGCCUCCCCUUGCUUCUCCUUACAGACUAUUCAAGAAGUGUAGCUUGUAUCUUCAGGGAGUCUUGAGCAGAGUCCACAUAAAUGCGGGAAGAACUUAGACAAUACCUGAAAUGCAAAGGCAACACUGGAGUCUUCUUCCUCUCCUGUGUGUAGAGUUGAAUUAAUAUCUGCCUGGAACCGAGAGGGCUGCUCUGAUGUUUGGGCAUCAGUUUUUGUGAGCCACAUCUGUUAUUUCUGAAACCCCAGGAAGGAGUGGCCUGGAGGUCACUGGUUCGGGCUCCCUUUGGGAGAACUCCCAGGAGUGAUGCUCUAAAAUCCACCUUUUCCAUCAUCCCUAGUCAUCAGAAAGACAAAUAUAAAAUCCCCGAGAGGUGGAGGAGCUAAAAGAGCAAUUGUUUCACCUUAUUUGGAUGUAGUUUCUUUCAUAUGGGCAAAGUGAUCCACUUCCAAAGUCCUGUACAGUCGUUCUCUUUGUCAUUGAUGCGCAACUGCCCUAAGUGAAAUCUGUCGGAAGGAAUCACAGGGCUCCUUGCCUCCCCUCCCAAUCCCCCCUUUGGGAGGCCCUGUGGCUUCAGUGUUGUCCUAAGUGAGAGUGGCAUGUGCUUUUCUCCUGUCCCCUCCUCCCUCCAUGUCCUGGACGCUGGCUGCCUUCUGUGCACUCCCAGGCAGCUCACCACGAAAGAGUCGGAGCCUGUGGGGCUGGACUGGCCACAUCCAGUCCUGAGAAGGCAAGUUUCCGUGGAAAGCUGGGAGCAGAGGGGUUUGGAGAGGAGGUGGUGGGCAAGCAUUGUCUUUGACUUGUUCUCCGUGUACCCGGGGUUGUAGAUCUGCUCAGCAAAGGGCAGGAUGUACGACCAGAGGUGCCUGGUGGCUGAGAAGCCCAGGCAGGGGCUGGGUGCCCUCUCCAAAGAGGUGGCAGCAGGGUGACCCUGAACUCCCCAAAUGGGGAGCGAUGCCACUGGGGAAACUGAGUGGAAACAGAUGAAACCAAAAAAAAAAAAAUGUAAACAAAUGAAAAGACACAGAAAACAAAAUUACCUUUUCCUGAAAGGUACAGGAAACAAAUAUAUAAGCAAUGAUGAGAAACUGGAGGUGGCUAAUGGAAGUGGGACGGGGGUGGGCUCCAUUAUCUUGUAAAAGCUUCCUCCAAAUGCGCAGUACUGGGACCAACUAAUAGAGAGGUAGAUUUUAAUAAGGUGGUUUUGUUUUGGUUUUGUUUUUACUACGGUGCUGAUGUAUAUGUAAUGUCUAAAAAAAGUUAUUUGUACAUAAGUUUUUACAAUACUGCAGAUAUCACUGGGUCUACUAUCUGUAAAAAAUAUACAUAUAAAUAUAUAUAUACUGUUUGUUUAAAAUAGAGUAUUUUUAUUUCAUUCCUUAACUCAUCAUCACAGCAGUGGUAUUGCACUUCAGAUGACAUCUAAUUACUAAUUUGUACUGUAUGACCUAUGGCAACUUGCUCCAUUUUAUUCAGAUUUUUCUAGCUUUCUGUUUUUACUUUGUACAUUGAGCAUUGCUUAUUUCCUUUUAAGAAAUGUACAGAACUCUGAAAUGUAGAAAUGAAGUGAUGUUGACAUACCACUUUUAAAGAAAACAAAAAUGAAAAUAAAAGAUUAUCUGAAUCAA